CCGGCAGCGCCAUGGCGCGGGACCCGGCCUUCGUGCUGCGCUACCUGGCUGAGGUGGAGGAGCUGGCCGAGGACGUGCUGGCGGCGCGGCAGCAGAUCGUGGACCUGGACGUGAAGCGGAACCGGAACCGCGAGGCCCUGAGGGCGCUGCACAAGGACGCGGAGCCCGAGGGCAAGGCCAUGGUCUGCUUCGGCAACAUGUUCAUCGAGCUGCCCAAGGCGCAGACCAAGGAGAUGCUGCGGAAGGACCAGGAAAGCCUGGAUGAGGAGAUAAGCAAGCUCCGGAAGGAGCUGCGGGUGAAGGUCAACCGCCUCUUUGAAGCUCAAGGCAAGCCUGAGCUGAAGGGCUUCAACCUGAACCCCAUGACUGCCGAGGAGAUGAAGCUCAUCAAUCGCAUCCUGGAGGGCUGAGGGGGCUGUGCCCUCGG